AUGAAGUUGCAAUAUUUCAUUCACGGCCUGUGCCUUCUUCAGGCUGUCGAGGCACAGACGGCCAAAGACCAUUUCGAUGCAGUAUGCGACUCUCAAAGCGAGCAAUCCCUGACUCUAGGCAGCGGAGAACAAUUUACUUAUAUCUGUGUAAUGACCGCAAGAGAAGGCCACAGCAGUAUCAUUGACACCCUUGAGAUUAUCGGAUCUAGCGGUGCUUGUGCUGAGUCCUGUGCCGCCGUUGCUGAAUGCAAAGGAAGCACUUGGAACCACGUUUUGGGAUCCUGUGUGCUCUUCAAAAACGCCGAAGAUCUGGAAAAGCAGAAAAAGAGGGCUUUUCUUGCGUCGGGGUGUGAGGAGGCAGAGGUUGUACUGGAAGACGAUCUCAUUUCCUGCAAACUCGCCCAUACUUCAUCAGAGAAGGCGCAAACCGAUCUGAAAGAAACACUCGAAGCUUGUGAGUUUGAAAGGGAUUUUCUUGAAUCCAAUACGGCACCCGCACAGGACUGCGAGAAAGCGAAUACCCAAAUCGAAGAUCUCAAGCAAGAGCUGGAGCAGUGCAAGUCUGCUACUUUGUCUAGCGCCCUUGAUCUACAUGAAUGCCAGAGCGCAGCUGCUUCUGGUGCCCUUGAAUUGCAGCAAUGCAACGCUGCUGCUUCUAGCUCUGGACUCCCUGCAUUCAAAGAUUGCAAUACGGGUGGUGAUGGACAAAUUGUCAAAAUCGGGAACAGGAAUUUGAAGCAGAGGUGCAAUGCACUGAUGUGGAAGAGUCAGAUGAGCCUUAGAAGGGUUAUGCAGCCGGGCCUCAAUCGAUUGGAGUGUGCCCUGAUUUGCGCCCUUGAUGCCGGGUGCCAGAGUGUUUACUUCGUUCAGUCGACGUCCACAGUUGGUGAAUGUCAGUUGCAGCAGCAAAAUAUCGAGUCUCGAUAG